UGGCACAAUGACGUAUGAGAUUUUAAAAGAUGCGUGACAGUUAGAUAUCCAGAUGUCUGACUGUCAAAGGUGUAGUAACAAUUAGGACUGGACCGACUUGUCGGUGACAUGCAUGCUGUGCUGCUUUGACACGUUCACUGUUUUGUGGCAAGUAUAUAAGGUGCCACACUAACCGUUAAAUCCAUCCCUUCACUGCUGCCUCUUUAUCCCGGGACAAUAAGAAUCUGAAAUCAUGACUGAAAAGAUGGUUGUGACCCAGCCCAGACCCUACAUCAUGAACGGUGGAUCCGGACAGUGGACCUCUGGCAUCUGUGAUUGCCUCGAAGACCUGCCUCAAUGUUGUCUCGCCUUUUGGUGUUUACCCUGCUUCGCAUGUAAGACAUCACAUGAGGCCGAGGAGUGUGUGUGUUUACCUCUGCUGGAUGGUUUUGGAUUGAUCCCUCCUAUAGGCACCUCCCUCAGAGUGUCAAUACGUCAACGAUAUGGCAUAGAGGGUACCAUUUGCAAUGACUGCGUGUACGCCUGCUGCUGCGGGCCCUGCAGCUGGUGUCAAAUUGCACGAGAGAUGAAAACAAGGGCAAACCCUAUCACCUUCAUCAGUAUGGCAACCUAAGCAAGACAAAAAAAGGCCUCUGGGGAAUGUCACUUAGCAGCUGAUUAAAUAUUUGCACCUGUAAGCCGUAUCUGUUGCAAAACUUAAGGACAGAGGGAAGAUAAAGCACACGUGGCCUCACCGACAGAUAUUACAGACAACUAGCCAGUGACAGUAGUCAACCAAUGAGGAUUCUGGUUACAUCUACGGGGAGUUACUAGUAUUGUUUUUGAUUUUGAAGUAAUGUAAACUUUAAUUUUUUAACUAUUUUCAAUAUAUCAAUUGGGUUCAUUCAAUUUUGAAUGUUUAUGUGGGCUAUUCUCACUCAUUAUAUGAAAAGCCAAAGAAGACACACAGCUAGUAACUGGAUUUGAAGUUUGCAACUGAGUGGAUCUAUAGCAAUUUUUAAACUGUUGGUCAAAACUUUGGUCUAAAAUAAGACACCUUAACAACUUAUAGAUGUAUUAGGAACAUACAUUCCUGAUCACCAGAAGAGUAAUCAUACUGACUUUCGUGAAUCUCUGAUUUGGAUGGAUCUGAUUGAAUUAUCAAUACAUUUGGUACACACAUUACAAUCAUCCUAAUUAUGAAUGGUAAUAUAUGUUGUGAUCCUCUGACAUUUAAAUUAACAAUCAUCACGUAGAAUCUUAGUUUGUCUCACAAGUUGGUUUAUAAUGAAAUAUCUGCAAAAAGAAUAACAUAACCAAAGCUAUGGUGUUGAUUAGCGUAUGUUAGCAUGCUAACCUGCUAAACAUGGAAAACAUUAGCUGCUUAAAGUCAGCUUUGUGAUAGCAUUGUCACUGAGCACAUAGCAUGUUGAUGUUAGCAUUUAGCUCGAAGUUCACUUAUCUUGUACUUGUAUUGUAGAAUAUAUUGUAAUUUGCGGUUAAAGGAUUCAGUUAUAGCUUCUGUAGAUGCACUCAUAAUUCUUCAUUACACAUGGUUUGUAUUUGAAUUGAAUGAUUUCAAACUUUGACUCAUUGUAUGAGUCAAAGUUUUGUAUGAUAUGUGAUUCUUGAAGCGUGCUAUAAAACUCUGUGUAAAGUUCA